AUGGCGAACGGAAGUGGAUGGUGGUUUUCAAAUUCUUCACUCAAACAGCCAGUUGAUGAAGUGCAGUAAGCAGAGAGAGACUAGUCAGGGAGCAGUAGCCUCAUUUGCUUAACACAACAAAAUACAGGAUAGGAUAUAAGAUAACAUACAGAGAACUGCGCUACAUAUAGCACUACAUUAGAUGAACAAUUAAGAUGUCAGCCACAUUGGUGUUAACUGAGUCUAGUAUGAGCUCCAUAUCCCCCCAACAAAGGUUAAAAAGUCCUAGAGUACAGAGUCCCAGACUAGAAAGUCCUCAACUUAGUACAUCUUCAAGUCCCAAUCACCUGUUUGGCCAUUCACUUCAAAUAAAUCGUGAGUCACCACAAAGUAGGAGUAACUCUCCCCAUGAUAGCCGGAACUCACCACAUCAAAGAAUAUCCCCUAAGACGUUUGGAAAUUCACCACAUGGUAGUGAGAAUUCCCCACAACUAAGAGGGAUUUCCCCACAAGUGACAGAGGACAUCCCCCAAGCCAGGGGGAAAUCUCCACUUGCACAAGAAAGUUCCUUGCCUGGUCUUGGAAAAACAACUGAAAUUAUUGUAUAUGACAAGUGCACAAGUGGACUAGGUAUCAAAAUUAUAGGGGGUGUUAGCAACUCAGACGAUAGAAAAGAUUUUGGAAUAUUCGUAAAAAGAAUUUUAAUUGGAGGACUUGCUGCUAAAGAUAGCAGGCUGCAAGAAGGAGAUCUUAUAGUUGAGGUGAAUAAAGAAACAUUGAUAGAUGUCACUAACGAAAGGGCAGUCUCAAUUCUUCGCAAUGCUUCUUCCUCUGGUAGGGUUACUAUGGUGAUAGUGAGAGACCAGGACAGCAGGGAAGAAUUCUUAGAGCUGAUGGAAAUGCAGAAUGGUUACAGUUAUUCUACAGCCAGUUCUGAUUGCCGCAGUGUGACUUCUUGUGCAAGUACGCCAUCUAUACUCCCUCAAGAGAAAAGAUCUUGGGGAUUGCAAGGAGAUCAUCUUUCACCAGUGAAUGUAGGGUCAAGGUCACUCACUCCAUUGUCUAAUGGUUACCAUGCCAAUGUGCCAAGUCAUGAUCAGGACUCUGAUUUGUUAAGUGAGUCUGAUCAGGAAUCUACAACUCCAACGUCAUACUCACCUCCACCUGGUGGAAAUUUUAAUAACUAUAGUCUCCCGACACCAAAAAUUGCCAAUAAUAUCGCUAUGUUGCACCAACAGCACUUACAAAGCACACAACCUAGAGGGCAUCACUAUAGUAUGACAUCACAAGUACUUAAUUCAUCCACUCCGCAAUACAACACAGCAUUCAUUCCCACCAUGAGAUCCAUGAUGCCCCCUGGUGCCUCUAAUCCUAAAGUGAUGUCUAACUCACGCUCAAAUCAACAAGAUAUCUCACCAAUAGAGGCCCCUACUGGUGGUGAGAUGAGAGGGUCACCCCUGGGUUGCAACAUGGUGUCCCCGCAACUCCCCUACAGCUACAAUACACCCUCUCCACAGAUGAAUAACUCUAGAAAACUCUCUCUUGAUCCACAUGUUAGAUUGAAGAUUGAAAAGCUUGAAGAGGCACUCAAAUAUCUUGGUUUAGAGCCUACAGUUGAUCAACAACUUCAGUUACGCCAAAGUUUAAUGGCUGAUGCUGCAGGGACGGUCAGUUAUGGACAGUUUGUUCAAGCUGCUAGAGAAAUAUUCAAAGUUGAGUUAGAACAGAGAAGUAUUGGCUCAAGUGCCUUGUAUUUCUCAGCCAAUGAUAUAACAUCAUUCACAGAGCCUCCAGCUUUCAAACCACAGCAGUCUACCUUGCAUGAGCACAGUCCACCAAGUCCAGUGGAAUACAGUCCUGUUUCCAAUGCAAAUGAGGAUCUAGAAACAGUUGUAAGAGAGAGGGACAGUUUGAGAAGAGAGGUGGACAGACUAAAGAUUUUGUUGAAGGACAAAGACAGAGCUUGCAAUACUGCAGAGGAAGAGUUACUUAGGAUCAGAAAGGAUGCGCAGGGUGCAAUACAUGAGAGCAGGGCGCUUAGAAGCAAGGUGCACCUGGCAGACCAGGCGCAGAGAGCAGCCAGGAACAUGGAACAGGACUAUGAAGAAGUUGUCAAACUGCUGGAGAAUGAAAUAGCAGAGCUGAAGGCACAAAUGGGCAAAGAAAUGGAUAGUCCUGCUGUUCAAAAACGUCUUGCAGUUCUGGGUUGCCAGCUGAGGAAGGCAGAGCUUGGCAAGAAAACAUAUGAAGUGGCAACUGAAAAACUUUUACAUUUUGCAGAGAUGGUGCAUGAAACAUUGUCCACUCAAGGAGACGUGGCCUUUAUUAGAAAAACACCUGUAGAAGAAGGAGAGACAGCAAGGGUUGAUGGGAAACCACCCGGCUACCUGGGCAAACACAAAAAGCAUUCUCCUAGAAGCCUUUGUGCUGAAUCCCGGGAUGUCGUUAAAGCUGUAAAAUCGUUGAUUGAGGUGGAACCACUUCCAUUUGGCUGGGAAGAGACAUACACCGAGGAUGGCAUAAAAUAUUACACAAACCAUCUGACCCAAGUUACAACAUGGACACAUCCAGCAUCUAAUGUACUCAAGAAGCCUACUCCAGUCACUCACAUACAACACAGCUCAGAAUAUGUAGCCCCUAGUGCAAAGAAUAUUCCAGGAACUCAGACUUGAGAGCAUGCUGAUGUCAGAACCACAUAUGUUAUUCUACUAUUCAUUAAGGACAAGAGGCUAAUAGUAGUAGAGUAAUUGGAUGAUUAUAUCGUUUAAUGCCGAUACGAUCUUAAUGAUUCUAGCAACAGCUAUCAUGGAUUUUGAUGGAAAGUAAAGGCCAACUAGUUAUGAAGGCAUAAAAUCAUAUACCAUGAUUUGGUGUCUGGAUUUUGAUUGAAGCUACAUCAAAGUAUCUCUUGAAUUAUUCAAUGACUGAAGCUCUCUUUUUUUAAAGAAGUGAAAUGCUUGAUGAAUGUUCAUCACUUUCUUAUUCUAAUUAGUUUAUAAUAUCCCAGCUCAGAGGUUCAGUUCUGAGAAGGUUCAACGCAAAAUUUUCCAUCUUCAGAAGA